AUGAAGAAAAACAACUUGAAUUAGAGGAACAUAAUGAAGAAACCUUUCCGAAUAAUGAUAUAAAUUAUAUAUUAGAUAUUAAUGCAGAUAAUUCUUUUGGCCAAGUUUCAAAAUCAUCUGCCAGUAACGUUUCCCAGGUUAGUAAUUUAAGAAAUCCGAUCUGUGGUUCAAAGACUAAACCGGUUUUCUUGAACUGGGACCGAACCGGACCGUAA